AGCACAUAGAUAAACAUUGCGAGUUACACGUCAUUCCUUCAAAAUUUAUUUACGGUGACGUAAACUACUAGCGAUAAUAACAACUAUAAAAAAGAAUUGUUGACAGUGACAUUAUGGAAAGGUUAUAUUUUAGUAUAAUGUUAUGGUUUUGAUAUUUGUUGACGCGGUAAGGAUGCUGGAUUUUGAGUAGUAAUUUACUUUAUCUAUUAACAAUGUGUGAAGCUGUUACAACUAUUUUAAAUGAUAUUUUAAAAGUCGAAGGCAUCGAAGAGGCAUUUAGCUGCUUCCUUGUGCAUAGAUUAAACAAUGAAACGGAAAAAAUUACUACCUGGCAACAAGAGCUAAGUACCGCAUUUAGAAACACAAACCCAGAGCAGUUAGAUGUAGCAGUGAGGCAGUAUUUAGGUAUAGCAUAUGGAUGUUCUCAGAAUCAUUUGAAACUUUUGAUGGAAUUACUCGAAACAUCUGUGAAAAAUGGCACAUUACCGGCUCGCAAAGUUUGCGAAAUUAUCAUUUCAAGUGAAUUAUUACAACAUAGUAAUCCACAUUUCUGGGUAGAAUGUUUCAAGUUAAUUAAAACAAUUAUUGAUUUAGUAGAAUAUAAAGGUGUGAGAGAGAUUAUGAAGGGAUGUUGUGAGAAAGCUAAAACACUUCCUUGGUGCUUGAACUCUGGUCUACAACCCCAAACUCAAGCUCUUAUGGAAGUGGCUCAAAAGAUAAUGGAUAGAGAUGCAUGUCUUCUGCCAGGGUAUUUACUAGUUAAUGAGCUACAAAAGGCUUUUCCUGAUUGCCCUCAUUGGAGGUUAUCAGCUUUAUUUUCUGAUUAUGUUGAAAGCUUUAGAGCCUGUGCUCAAAUGGUGUCAAUUAUUGGACAGACUGAAAUGAGACCUGUUGUUGAACAUAGUGGCUGUCCUGAACAUUUAGUAAAUCCUUGGAAGCUUGAUCCACAAACUUUGAGAUUUGCCGUUAAAGGUACCUUACCAUAUGCUCCAGAAUUGUUAGAAAAGCAAACUGGUUUAUUGAGAUAUGUAUUAGAGCAGCCUUAUAGUCGUGAUAUGGUGUGUGGAAUGCUAGGCUUGAAUAAACAACACAAACAACAUUGCCAGGCAAUUGAAGAACAACUGGUAGAACUUGUGAUAUUGGCUUUAGAAAGAACAGAAGUGGAAGGAGAUGAACAGGCAACUCAAGACUUGUGGAUUCAUUUAUCUUCACAAUUAAUUUAUUUUGUGUUGUUUCAAUUUGCCAGUUUUCCUAGUCUUGUCAUGUCAUUACAUUCUAGAUUACAGGGAAGGGAUUUACGGAGAGGAAGAGACCAGUUAAUGUGGGUUCUGUUGCAAUUUAUCUCUGGUUCCAUUCAACGUAAUCCUCUCUCCAACUUCCUUCCAGUAUUGAGAUUAUACGAACUUUUAUAUCCAGAACAGGAUCAGCCUCUUCCUGUACCAGACUUUAACCAACCACAAUGCACUCGUCAGAUGGCAAUGACGUGCAUUUGGAUUCAUCUUACAAAGAAAGCUCAAGCUGAACAAGCAAAUAUUUCUUGGCCUGUUCCAGCUAAAUUACGAGCUCAUCAUGAUUUUCUUCAGCACUUGGUUCCUCCUAAUAAUGCAGCUCUAGCAAUGGGGAAUGAUUACAGAAUUGCUUUAUUAUGUAAUGCUUAUUCAACAAAUCAGGAUUAUUUUAGCAAACCAAUGGCAGCACUUGUUGAAACAAUUCAAGGAAGUUCUAAAUCUUCAUCUCCUCCAACUGCACCACUCAGUAUGACAGUUCUUGAUUCACUUACAGUACAUUCAAAAAUGAGUCUAAUACACAGCAUUGUCACUCAUGUUAUCAAAUCUUCCCAAACAAAAUCAGGAAUGCCUCUAUCGCCAGCUCUCGUAGAAACUUACAGCAGACUUCUUGUGUAUACUGAAAUUGAAUCCUUGGGCAUCAAAGGGUUCUUAAACCAAUUGCUGCCUCAAGUGUACAAGUUUCAUGCUUGGGGUACAUUGUAUACUUUAUUAGAAAUGUUCAGUUACAGGAUGCAUCACAUUCAUCCACAUUAUAGAGUACAGUUAUUGAGUCAUUUACAUUCUCUGGCUGCAGUACCUCAGGCAAAUCAAACUCAGUUGCACCUGUGUGUGGAAUCGACAGCAUUAAGACUAAUUACAGGCCUUGGCAGUGGAGACGUUCAACCCGAAUUAUCCCGUUUUCUCACUGAACCGAAAGGAAUUGUUUCAGCUGAAUCAGAAGAACUCAAUAGAGCUCUUAUUUUAACAUUAGCAAGAGCCACACAUGUUACAGGCAUUGAUGGUUCUUGGUGUCACGAACUUCUUGCAACAAUCGCUCAAAGCACGCCACAUGCUUGGGCUCCACAAACAUUGGAAUGUUUUCCUAGAGCGAUGGCUGAGUUUUUCACCCAACAUGUUGUACCAAAAGAAAAUAAACAACAACUCAAAAAAGCAGUAGAAGAAGAAAAUAGAAAAUGGGCGUCUAUGAAUAAUGAAAAUGAUAUAAUGGCACAUUUUGGGGUACCAGGUGCACCGCCUUUGUUCUUGUGUCUCUUGUGGAGGAUGUUGCUAGACACAAAUCAUAUAACUCCCAUAUCCUACAAAAUUUUGGAAAGAAUUGGAGCCAGAGCACUAUCAGCACACUUGAGAAAAUUCUGCGACUGCUUGGUAUUUGAGUUCAGUAAUUCACCAGGAGGACAGCAUGUCAAUAAAUGUGUAGAUACUGUCAAUGACAUGAUCUGGAAGUACAACAUAGUAACUAUUGACCGAUUAGUUUUAUGCUUAGCAUUGAGAACACAAGAGGGCAGUGAAGCGCAAGUUUGUUCAUUUAUUAUACAAUUAGUUUUACUGAAAGCAUCUGAAUUUCGUACAAGAGUACAAGAUUUUGUUAAGGAUAACUCACCUGAUCAUUGGAAUCAAACAAAUUGGCAUGAGAAACAUUUGGAAUUCCAGAGAAAAUAUCCGGAAAAGUUUGCACCGGAAGAACAGAGUGGAGGUUAUCAUCCUAAUUUUGGAAAUGUUUGUUUAAGGUUUUUGCCUGUAUUUGACAUAGUAGUACACAGAUUUUUGGAAAUACCGCAAGUUACCAAGAGUCUAGAAAUCUUAUUGGAACACCUAGGCUGUUUGUACAAAUUUCAUGACAGGCCAGUCACAUAUUUAUACAAUACAUUGCAUUAUUAUGAAUCAAAACUGAGAGAAAGGCCGCCUCUAAAAAGGAAAUUAGUUGCUGCUGUUCUGGGAAGUCUUAAAGAAACUCUUUCCGAACCAUACCAAGCAUUUUUAAAAACAAGCGCGGAAGAAAUAUGGUUACCUGAACUGGACUAUUAUAUACAAAUGAUAAAGAGGGUGGUAGACGUUAUAAGUGGUACAAAUUCCAAUUCAUCAACAGAUUGGAGAUUUAAUGAAUUUCCAAAUGCUGGAGCUCAUAUACUUUACACUACUUGUGUCGAACUGAUGGCUUUAUCAGUUGGACCAACAGCAAUAGCAAAUGGGUUAUUAGAUGUUAUAGCUAAAGGUUAUGUUAUGAUUCCCUCCGCCGAUAUUCACCAAUGGAUCAAUGCAAUCGGCUUGGUAUUGUCAGCUCUUCCUAUAAGCUAUUGGAAUGUCCUUCACGAAAGACUGAUUUCUACUCUUUCUGAAUUAGAUUCAUGGCCUUUCGAUACCUCGCCAUUUGAUCUUUUCAAUUUCAAACACACCCACUGCGGAUUGUUGCACAACCGAUUUAGUUAUAUGUUAGCACUUGCCCAUUCUGUUUGGCAUCAUGCAGGUCCUGGACAAAUCGCUAGUGUUCCUCGUUGGGUACGAGAAUGUCUUCCUGCAGUCGUAAGAACCGAAGAACAAUUUUUGUAUGUGUGUCAUUUGGUAGGACCGUUUUUGCAGAGAUUUCACAUGGCUAUAGUCGAUUUGACAAACGCUCUAUAUGAAUUGCUCGCUCAAGUUGAUCAAGCUCAAGCUGAAUUGAAAUACAUGGAUCCAGUUUGUGAUUUGUUGUAUCACAUCAAAUAUAUGUUUGUUGGGGAUAGUAUGAAAAAAGAACUGGAAGCUGUGGUGAGAAGAUUGCGACCACAGUUGCAACUUAGGCUUAGAUUUAUUGCGCAUCUUACUAUAGAAGAAGUACAUGCAUCAUAAUAAGAUGUGGUUAGUCCAAAUUCAUGAAAAUUAGUUUCAACAAGUAUUUGAUCCUACUGCAACGGUAAGCUCACAAAGUAUAACUUAUACUUCAUUGAAACAUGUGAAUAUGGCAUUAUUAACAAAUUUAAAAUACUGUAUAACCUCAAUGAUGGUGAUAAAGAUCUCUGAGCAAUAAUGCAUCUGCUGGUUUUAAAUGAAUUUGCUUUGGACAAAGUAACUGUUCAAAAUUAUUAUUUCACAUAAUCUGAAUUCAACCCACUUUAGGUUAAAACACAUAUAGUGUCAGUGUAUUCUUCUUCUUGCAGUGACGUGCUUGCCCUCAAAAUUUGGAUAAAUUGGUCUCUCACUACUUGGUACGUUUGUUCUACUCCCAGUAUCAGUACAAUUACUAAUAUUUUGUAACCACGAUAGCUUUUUGUGACCUAUCUAUGUUCUGCACUCAACCUUUUGCUGAAUAAUCAGAAGUAUAUGAUGUAAUAUUUGGUACCUCACAUUAUAUGCCCGAAAUAACUAACCUUUCUUGUUUUUAUGAUGUUUAUCGAGUUUUUUAUUCAGCUGUCUGAAUACCUCUUGAUUAAGUUGGAAUUUCUGGAACUGUUGGUGAUAUUCAUACUGAACACAAUCUUUAUACUACCACUACACCAACACUCCCAAUGUUACACUGUCUGACGCGCGUUUCAAUAACCAAGUUAUCGUCUUCAGAGACAGAAGGUAAACUACAACCUAAUAACUUGUCUUACCUGUUUUAUACUGAAUUUUCCCACCAACAAACCUCCCGCGAAAAUGAAUUCCAGUGGGAAAACUUCCUUGGUGGGAAUCUUCACAUUUAUUCCUUGACUACUAAACUAUAGAGUGGUGGUUGCUUUAAUUCAUUUAGUAGACUGUAUUUUACAGUAUGUCUGAUGUCUUGCUUGGUAUUCUGAUAAUUCUAGUUGAGAGUUAAAUUUUAAUAUGUGUUAUCUUUUAUUUUUACUUCUCUCUUCUUCAACUUCCCUUUUACAACAACCUUUUUGAUCGCAAUCAUUAUCAAGAAAAAUUAUCUUACAAAAUGUUAAAAGAUUCCAUAGGCAGCCGUUGCUUAAAAUUGUACAUUUUAAAAAAUCAAAUUAAAUUAUACCUUUGCCCUUUGUCCCUAUUUAAGCUUUUCUUACAUUUAGUUGUAGUGUAAACAGUAUGUUUAUUACUUCAUUACUGAUAUAUGAAGUUCAUGGGAUCUUAAAGAUUCUUUGAUAGCACCACAUCUUGAACUCUUCUAUUUUAUUUAUGAUGUCAGCUUUAAGCGUCCAUAUAAUUUCAGUGUAACUGACUAAAAUCAAUUAUAACUAAUAAUAGCAUUGUGGGGAAGCUAAGGACCAAUAAUAGUUGCUUUGUCAGUAAAUCUAGAUCAUCGAAUUAGCUAGAUAGGUGUUCCUUAACUGUGCAUGUUGCUUUUGUAACAUGUAUUUAUCCAUAUAUAGAUAACUGAACUGAAUUGAAAAAUACAAGAUUUUAGGAUUUGUUCAAUUGUGCUCAUUAUAGAAUUAGCAAAUUUAUUACUAUAUUUAUUUUACAGCUUUAAAUAAAUACUGUUUUGUAAAUAUAAUUGUAAUAAUACAUUUUUUAUACAGAAAUAUAA